UAAAAAAGUAUUUUAAAGAUCUUUUUCGUAGUCGUCGUCUUCUUAGUUAUUGUUGCUGGCUGUUGAUUUUUGCGUCAAAGGCCAACGAAGCAAUAAAAUAACAUUCAUUUACAUUUUAGGUUCAUACCAUGACACCCACACAUGCUGGAUGGCUGGCUGGCUGACUGACUCUAGCUGGCUAAAUGUAUGUAUGGCAGGCUGUUUGCUGGCUCAAGUUGGUGGUGGUGGUAAAAACACGGUAACGGGCACCCAUACCCAUGUUUUGAAAAAAAAAACAAACAAAACCAACAACAAGAAAAAGAUCUCUUUUUUAAACCAAAACAUUUUAACAGUGAGAAAAGAGCGUAAGACUAUAAAUAUCACACCGGGAGAGCGUGAGUAAGUUUGAGUAUGAUCGAGAGAGAGUGAGUUUGUUAAAAUUAACCAGUUUAAAUGGAAAACUACUCCCUUAGAACAGGUUAGGAGUGUAUAAUUCUUAUACAAAGAGCAUUUUCUUGUUAUUAACUCUUUAAGUAAGUAUAGGUGAGUAAUUAUUCUUACCUGUUGUUUAUCGAUCAAUGAUCACUCUCCUGAGAGUUUCGUUUCAAUAGAGGUAAUACUAACCUCUUCGCUAGCAAAACUUUAUUAUGGUUUUGUUUCAGUAUUUGUUGUCAAUGUAUGGGUUUACUCAUUUAUGCUCUUGUGGUCCGCGUGAAAUACACUAGGCAAUGGACAUUUAGUUGGUUCGUGGACUUCUCAACACUGUGCGCGCUUAUCGCUACUCGUAUACGUAAAUAGCGGUCAUUUCUAAAAAAAAAAAAAACAAACUAAAAAAUAAAUAAGAAAAUUUCUCUAGAAAAAAAACCUAUUGGAAAUAUAACCGAAAAAUUUCAUCCAAACGGAGAAAUGUCUAAUCUAUUGAGUAACUAACAAAUAAUUAAGUUUUAAUAACAAUAAAAUUUAAAUCAUUAAACAAAUAAACUGUUAAAUUUUUUAUAAAAACAAAUUGUUUUUUUUUCCUACUCUUAAACUAAAUUAUUAUUAACGAAUUUAGUUUUGUAUUUGUGUAAAUGUUUGGGAGUUUGUUAGCAAACUCUGAGGCUUUUGUUUUGGUUGAAAACGUCAAACGACGAUCUUUAUGACUUUUGAAAGCGUGACUAAGUCGUGAUUUAUGGUGGCGUGUGGUUUUUAAAAUUCAUACUCAUCCCGUGGUUUCAUCUCGUUCUGGUUAUAACAAACAGCCGAACGUUUUAGUGAACAUUAACAAGCUUCGUCAUCAUCAUCAUCAAUAGCAUCGUAAUUUUUUGCUGCUUUCCUGACGAAGACAACGUCGUAGUCAUCAGCUGUGUUUAAAUUUAAAUCGAUUUGGCAUCGAUUUGUUGUUGAAUUUUGCGUAGGUGAGUGCAAAGCUUAUGACCGUAAAUACAAAUCAUCGAGUUUUAUUUUCAUCAUCUUCCAACGUCUGCGAUAUCCUGCUGGGCUUUCAACUUUGUAACUUCAAAGCAGUGCAUUGUUGUUUGUCAUGGACUCCUUGGGUUUAAACGCCGUUAGCAAUAUGCAGGAAUAUAAUGCAAAUAUAGUAAUUUCUACAGCUUCAGCUGCACCCACAAAAUCAUCUUCUUCUUCCUCUUCUUCUGCUGCUACAGACGUUUCUACGUCUUCGUUAACGUCCACAUGUUCAACAACGUCGGCAUCAUCAUCAUCGACAAAUUCUCAUCACAAGAAGUUAAGUCAGAGUGAAACACGUUCAUAUCUGAAUGUUUCCGAGGUCAAUAGCCGCCAGAAUCAGAAUCUCCUACAUUCAAAUAAUACUCCUUCAUCUUCGGGCCCUAACACUGGUACGCAAACGCAACAAAAUAUUACAGAAAUCAUUAACAAUCCAGCUUUGUUGGAAGUUUUAGUAAAUGCUUCAGCCGUACAGCAACAUCAUCAGCACCAGCAACAACAACAGCAAUCAUCUGCCACAAAAGAUGUAAAUGCCUGCAGCAAAUCAAAUACUCAGAGUCAACAGUCUAGCAAAGUUUGUAGCACCACCAACACCAUUUCAACCACAACAAAUGAUUUGGCAGCUGCAGCUGCUGUGGUUCUAUCAUUGCAAGGUACAAUGGUAACAAGUUUGCAACAAGCCGCUUUACUUCCCGUUAAUUCACCAGCUGCUGCUGCUUUAAAUCUACAAGCUCUCGAGUCGUAUUUGGCAUUGCAACGUAUAACCGGUAAAUCAGAUGUAUUUCGCUUCAAUACCGUGGGAACCACUGCUUCAACUGCAGCCACAACAUCAACAACAACACUAACAUCAUCAUUAUCGCCAUCAUCAUCGUCUACAUCAUCAUUGGAUAACACUUCAAAUGCUCAUACUUCUAGCGCUAAUGCUGCGGCAAGUGUUCAUCACAAAAACUCUAGGAAGGAGUUAUCGAAGACGGUUAAUAGUAUUAAGGAAUCGGUUAAUGAUAAUGAUUCUUUAUAUUCGGAAAAGACCACUACUACAAAGUUGCCAUCGGCCAAUAGUCUGUUUCACUCCCUCCACUCUAGCUCUUCAACUGAUCUCGGGGAUUGCGAAAUACCCCUACUCCAUAGUAAUGAUGAUACUUUGAAUUUUGAAUCUAAUGAAUUGGAAACUACAUUUCUCUUUAACACUGCCCUUAUCAGCAAUAUAUCGGGAGUUCAACAGCAGCAGCAGCAACAACAUCAACAACAAACUUCCAAUUGUAAUCAAGACUUGGAACAAAUAAACAAUUUACAAACCACCAUGUUUCAAGACAAACUCAACACUUUGGCCGCCACCGAUUGUUCAGCUCACAGCUCGGUAAAUACCAACCACACUGAAGCAUCAGUUUGCGGCGGUGGUGCUCUUAAUCAGCCAACUGCUGCAGUGUUGGCUAAUGCCCAACGUUCUAAGAAACAGUUUAUUUGCAAGUUUUGCAAUCGUCAAUUUACCAAGUCCUAUAAUCUACUUAUACACGAACGUACACAUACCGACGAGAGACCCUAUUCGUGUGAUAUUUGCGGUAAAGCUUUUAGGCGUCAAGAUCAUUUAAGAGAUCAUAGAUACAUACACUCCAAGGAAAAACCCUUUAAAUGUGCCGAGUGUGGUAAAGGAUUUUGUCAAUCUCGCACUUUAGCUGUUCACAAAAUCUUACAUAUGGAAGAAUCUCCGCACAAAUGUCCCGUUUGUAAUCGUUCCUUUAAUCAAAGAUCGAAUUUAAAAACCCAUCUUCUCACACAUACUGAUAUCAAGCCAUAUAAUUGUAAUGCCUGCGGCAAAGUUUUCCGACGUAAUUGCGACUUGAGACGCCAUAGUUUGACUCACAAUUUAACAUCGGGUUCUUCAACCAACAUGAGUGAUUCUUUGGUUUCUCUAACCUCUACUGUAAAUGAGAUACUUAAUAGUGCCACGGGUUCGCAACAUAAGGAUAUUUUAAUAUCGUGUCCCUCCUCUACAACAUUGACCAGCCCGUCGGCUACAUCUCUAAUGCUGUCAACAACUUGUACGGCCCCUAUAACAACCACAAAAUCAUCUGCCGUGGAUCUUAUAUCAGUUAAAGCGGAAUUGUUUUGAAUCACAAUCACUAAAUAAGAUAUUAAAGUUUUAAGGAAAUAAAACCCAUUCCAUCUCUUAAGAGGUUGGGUAUUAUUGGCUCUCUUUUUUCUAUCUUACUCACUCUCUCUACAAAAUCCUCUCACAUACUAUCUCCUUCUCUCUUUUAGCCUUUGUUUUCUUUUUAAAAAAGGAAAACAUUAGAAAUUUAAUCUCAAAUUAAAACCCAGAAUAUCAAUCAUUAUGAUCAUUAGUUCUCUUGUACGAAAUCGAUCCAUUUAGCUUCCAUUAAAUCAUUAAAACUUAAGUUUAGUUAAUAAAUGUUUAGUUUUUUUUGUAAGUUUUAUGCUAUUUUUUAUUUUAAAUGUAUGUUUUUUACAAGUACAAUAUUAAGUAACGUUUUUUCUUAUUUUUAUAAAUUUUUCGCAUUGUAUGUGUGCUUGAAGCAUUUCAAAAAAAUCUGAAACCGCUUGAUUUGCGGCAUUAUAAUAUAAGUUGAAAAAAAAAAACAAAUUUAAACAUUUUAAAUAAAAAACGAAUCUUUUUAAAUAAAAAACGGGAAUUUUUGAAAA